AACUUGAACACGAUCCUCUCAACGCCCAAGACUCCUCCUGCAGAGGAUAAAGCCGAUUGCGGAUAUGACGAAAGCCGCUGCGUGCUUCUGACCAAACUUUUCUAUGCCAUUGGAAGCCCGGAAGCUGUUUGUCAGCUCCAUAACGCUUACAAGGCGUUGAGGACAGCAGGUUGCCAUAUAUCUCCGUCAAUGGAUGACAUCGCCGAUGCAGUCCAAGCUCUUAAUAAACUUAAUGCUACCAUUCAUCUAUAUGCAAUAAUACGUCGAUUCCACCUCGUAUCGCUUUGUCACCAUCGCAAUGUUUUGCUGGCAGAGACUCGAGUAACGCGAGGCGGCAAUGCACAGGAGUCUGGCAGAUCUGAGACCGUAGCUCAUCGGAAGCUAAUGUCACAUGCUUAUCCGGGUUUGGAACCGGGCAGGUUGAAGCGAGGCAACGUCAAGGACAAUUAUGUCAAGAAGUCCCAGGCGUUGACACACCGACUUAAGAUUGGACAGCGUUGGUCCAUGCUAGCGAAGGCAUUCGCACCUGGCAUCCUUGCUCUCAUUCCCAUCCGAGGGGAUUUCCAGCUCUCGAAUUCGGAUUACGAAAAGCUUCCUGCUCCUACGAUCGCAAUUUUGAUAGACGUCCUACAACGACACAGAGGCGGCUUUCUGCAGGAAUUUAGCACAUGUCUCGACUUUUUUGCUCUAGCCAAUGCCGAAAAUUCUCUCGUAAGGCAGGAUGCUGACACUCUGAAACAGGAAGAAUACGAUUCACCGCGUCUAGUCGAGCUCUGCAAGUCGCAGCCGUGAUGGUUAACGGAGAGGAGUGCCACAGAGGAGGAUUACCGUACAGUACAGAUAGGCUUCAUGUGACGAAAACUUGCAGACAUC